AAACCGCAUAUCAUAAGUAGAGAGUAAAGUAUUUCGCACGUACGAACUUAAUAUACGAACAAAUAUGGCUCAAUACAAGUUUGAAGGUGAAUUCUCUAAUAUAAACGAACGACAACUACAGUUCGUCAAUGAAGUGAUUGAAAAACAAAAUUUACAAGUUGAAAAAGUGAUAUUCAAUCGGAUGGGGAAAGCUGGUGACAAUUUUAUAUCUGAUGUAAAAAGAAUUGUCGUUGAAGCUAAAGAGGGGAAACUGAACAUGAUCAUUAAAACUGCACCAGCCAUGGAAGUUCUUCGUUCGUCUUUAAACACUGACUUAAUGUUCAAAAAUGAGCAUGUUAUGUAUACUGAAGUGUUACCUAAGCUAUUGGCACUACAAAAAGAAGCAGGAGUACCAGAAGGAGAACAUCUAAGAUUUGCCAAAUGCUACGGAUCUUUGGACGAAGCACCCAAUGAAGUCAUACUUUUGGAAGAUUUAAAUGAAGCAGAUUUCAAAAUGCUGAACAAGUUUGAUCCUCUCCCAGAGAAUUGUUUACGCAGUAUCCUAAAAAACUUUGCAACACUUCACUCUCUAGCGUUUGUGUUGCGACACAAAGAGCCAGAAACGUAUGAUCUUUUCAACAGUAAAUUGAAAAAUAAUUGGGAACCCAAAUAUGACGAUCCAGAUUUUAACCUUCAAUUCAAAAUGUUUAGUAAAGUGAACUCACAGAUACUGGACGAAGACUAUCAAAAAGAGAUUUUGAAUAAUAUGCUGACGGAUGUAAGUAAAGAAAUGGAGAAAUUAAUGGGGGACAGAUAUAGUAAAUAUGCCGUUUUUCAACAAGGCGAUGCUUGGACGAACAAUUUUAUGUUCAGAUUUGAGGACGGUGAGUUACGUGAAUCAGUCAUGAUCGAUUACCAAGCAUCUGCAAGUAUCAGUCCUGCUUCUGAUCUUCUAUUUAUGUUCUUCAAUUGCACUGACCACGAGACCAGGUCUAAGAAUUUCAUUGCAUGGAUAGACUAUUACCACUUAGAAUUGGACAAAUCUCUAUCAUAUUUUGGUCUAAAAGCUGAUGACGUUUACCCAAGAGAUCAGCUGGAUGCUGAUUUGAAGAGAUAUGGCAAAAUAUCAUUUGCCAUUAUUAUCCUUUUUACUAAUAUUUUAAUGAGAGAUCAAAGUGAAGCUGGAAAAUUACUAGAAGCCUUACAGAAUGGUGGCAUUAAAGAUGCUAUGGAAGAAAUGGGUAAACGUAAGAUGAAUAAGGAAACUGCAGAACGAGCAAGAAAUAGGAUUGUGGGUCUUAUUGAUUCGUAUAUACAGUUUGGUUUAUUGAAUCAAAAUGAAAUAAUCAUAUAUAAUUUAGCUUCCAAACAUUCCAUCAUGGCUCAAUACAAGUUUGAAGGUGAUUUUGAAAAUAUAACUGAACCUCAAUUGGAAUUUAUUAACAAAGUGGUACAAGAACAGGAUUUAGAUGUCAACAAAGUGGUAUUUCAGCCUGUUGGAAAACCUGGUGAUAAUUUCACGUCAAAUGUGAAGAGAAUCUGUAUUGAAGGUAACAAUGGAAAUAUGAAUAUGAUCAUCAAAAUAGCACCUUCAGGUGAAACUCAACGCAUGACGUUCAUGACUGAAAUCGUAUUCAAAAACGAACAUUUAAUGUAUGUGGUAAUACUGCCUAAGCUGGUGUCCCUACAGAAAGAAGCAGGCGUACCAGAAGACGAACUUCUACGGUUCGCUAAAUGCUACGGAUCUUUCAAUGAAGCACCCAACGAAAUCAUCAUUUUGGAAGACCUAUGCGAGUCAGAUUAUGUAAUGUUGGACAAGUUUGAAUCCCUAUCGGACGAGUGUAUGAAGGGUGUCCUUAAAUCCUUCGCCAUUUUUCAUUCUCUCUCUUACGCACUAAAGUAUAAGGAACCAGACACAUUCGAAUAUUAUAAAAGUCAGUUGUUCGAUGUAUGGAGCCUCAUGGCUGAAAACCCAGUAUUCAAAACACAUAACGAAGUAUUUGUAAUGGCAGUGCAAGCAUUAUUGGAAGAAGAAGACCAUAAAAAUAUUGUGAAAACUAAAUUGGCUGAAGUGUUUAAUUUACUGACUAAACUAAAUAAAUGGGAGCAAAAUAAUAAACAUUCUGUCAUUCAACAAGGCGAUGCGUGGACAAACAAUAUUAUGUUUAAAAUUGGGGAGGACAAAGUACAAACGGUCAUGAUCGACUUCCAAGGAUCGAAGAACAACAACCCAGUAGCUGAUCUUCUAUACGUCAUCUUCAACUGCACCGACCAUGAGACGAGGGUCAAACACUUCUACGACUGGAUAGACUAUUACCAUGCAGAAUUAGAAAAAUCUUUAUCCAAUUUUGGCCUGAAAGCCAACUACGUUUAUUCAAGGGAUCAAUUAGAUGCUGAUGUUAAGAGAUACGGUAAAGUGAUGUUCGGAAUGUCAGUGAUGCUAGCCAACCUUCUAAUGAGGGAUACCAAAGAAGCAUCAGAGCUGAUGGAAGCAAUGAAGACUACCGCUGAUAUGAAAGAAUUAAUGGAGUCCAUGGGCAGCCAAGUACUGCAGCACGAGACUAUAAUUCGUGCUCGGAAGAAAAUUGUGGACCUUAUUGCAAGCUUCUCAGAGUUUGGUUUGUUUUAAAAGAAUUAUGAUUUCAGUCCAAAAUAGGAUCAUUUAGAAUUUCAAAUUACUAUUACUUUUUUGGAUGACUAUGUUUAUUCUUCGUCCAUCCUCGUGGAUAAUAGUCUUCAGGUUUCUGUGAAUGUUUGUUGGUGACUUGGACUAUGAUUCAGCGUAAGAGUCAAUCAUGAGGUUACUCUGUUUAAUUUAAUUUAUUGUACAAAAUUAUAUUUUUUACUACAUA